AUGCCCGCCAAUCCUGUCAUAAAGAAGGACGACGUCAAGUUUGAGGACCGCACGCACUGGCUCAACAAGAGCGUCUCGUUCAAGCAGGCCCGCCUCGCCAACCAGGCUGGCAUGUCCAAGAGCGCAGUGAACUUGAACGUUCUUGGACCCGACAUGGAGUCGACUGAAAUGCACGCGCACUCCUCAGCCGAAGAAUGGCUCUACAUCAUCCGCGGCAGUGGCACGCUCUUCCUCAUUCCGCCGGGUCCCUCGCCUCUCUCAACGAAGGACGACCCAGACGCAGCGAGCAAGAUUCAGGAAUGUACCCUCGAGCCGGGCGACUUUGUCGGCCUUCCUGUGCCGCAGCAGUGGGCGCACACCCUGAAGGCGGGCAAGGGGGGGAUCGAGUACCUCGUCGGCGCCAACUGCUACGAUGCCGGUGUGUGCCAGUAUCCUCUGAAGAACAAGACCCUCAUCAUCGCCAAUGUGCAGAGGGUUACUUGCGACACGGACGCGUUCCAGGGCGGGUGUUGCAAGUAA